AUGUCCCAGCGUCUCCUUUGCGAUCUGAGAGUUGCAGAUUUGCGCUCAGAGUUAGAAAAGCGCGGUUUAGACAAAAGUGGUGUUAAACAGGCAUUGAUUGAUAGAUUGAAAGAGCAUCUCUCAAGUGAGGGGUAUGAUCCGGCCGUAUACGACUUUGUGUCAACUACUCGCAUAAAGAUCGAGGCUACUGACAAAGACUUAAGCUCUAAGGUAAGUCGUCUUGCUUUUUCAACCAAUUCAAUUCAGAUGGAGGCACCUGGUGACCAAUCUACGACUGCUUGGCAUGACUCGCCAGUUACACUUUUUGAUUGCCAAGGCGGAUCUCUGAAUCCUCACCGACCCGAUUCGCAACUAACGUGCGUGUCUGAGGAUUCAAUUGGCGCACAUGAAGCACCAGAAGACGAAGGCCCUGGAGAUGUUGAAAAUUCACAGGCAGAAGAGCCACCCACUUUUGUUGUGCGAGUCGGCGAGAAUGAGAAUGAUUUGGACUACGAUAUUAAGGACGCUAGGUCGCCAACUGCUAAUUUGGAGAAAGAGGGUGAAAGCUCAGAGGUGACGAAUGGUCUCAAGGACAGUGAAGCUAGCACUUCAAAGCAGAAGCUGCUGGAUAAACAGGGUGGUAAACCACCGUUAAGCAAAAUUUCACCACCGUCAGAUCAGGCUAACUUACGUGUGAGCAAUCUGGCAAUGCCCACAAAAGCGGCUGAUCUUAAACAGCACUUUAGUGCUCAUGGAAAGGUCAUUUCAGCCAAAAUUUUGGCAAGUACGAAAACCCCCGGGGGGUGUGUCGGCUUUCUGAAAAUGGCCUCUGCCGAAGAUGCGGCUAGUUGUAUCCUAAACUUAGAUGAAACCGAAUUUAAUGGGAACAUCAUUAAAAUUGAGGCGACUGAUAAAGUGCCGACUUCUUCAACUUCAAAAACAACCAAAACGGGAGCAGCCUCAGCCAAAAUCAAAAGUGCCCGCACCACGGCGAUGCCCGUAGCACGACGUUAUCGAAGACUUGGAGGACAACGGAAUGACGUCCGAAUUCGUAUCACGGAAUCAGGUGCCGCUGCUGUUCGUAGAGAACGUCGACAAGUUCCCCACGUAGCGCAACACUACGGCAGGUCUUCCCUCAUUGCUUCACGGCUUGCCCGGUCUUUUCAAAGAGCGCGUAAUCUUAUGCAGACUUUGCCGGCUUCAGCGGCCACUCGUUUGCUACAUCGGAGACGACAUAAUUCUGGUGAAGAUGAGGAAAGGGAAAUAAUGCCGAAAAGGCCACGUUUCAAGCUUCCUGCAAUAGGUCAGACGUACUACCGUAAACCCGCUUUGUCUCAAACGGUAGUUAGGAGCACUUAUCGGUCACCACGGAAGCAACCAAUCGGGUACACUUCGCCAAGGGAUCGGUCUGCAGCACGCCCGGACGAAGCAUAUGACCGUUACCGAGUAAACGAACGAACAUGUCCCGCUCGAUUGCGAAGAGGUGAGGCCUAUCCCUCAAAGCGUCCCUCUCCUGGUUCGGAUUCGUUCUACCGACGCGAGUCCCCCGUCACCGUUCGCCCACCUCCUAAUCGCUUCGGCUCGCCUGACGACGGCCAUUGCCCUCGCCGCUACAUCAAGCCUGUCGUUUACAAGCGUCCACUACCAGAUCGGUUCGAACUAAUAAAUGAUCGUCUAGUUGAUGAUCGCCGGUCUGGUGGUCCCACGCAUCGUCGUAGGCUUCGCUACGAUACUAACGGCUCUGGCAGCGCUCCCGGUUACAGACAGCAGCGGGACGAUCAACCGAAAUCCUCUUACGUCCGAAAUUCGCGUCCCCUGGAGUGGGCCGAUAGACACUUGCCCAACCAGAAAAGCAACUGGACGAUUACCACUUCCCCAAUUCCCGGGCGACGAUACUCUGAUGGCCGAUCGCGGUCUCCGAUGUCUCACGUGCCGUCGACGUCGAGGCCGCGCUUCUCGUUUCCGCCUGUGCGAUACUACCGCGGGUCCUCGCCCGAUGACCCCACUUCGCCUCCCUACCACCGCCGUGCAUCGCCUGUCGUGCCUGCCUCGUCAUCGGCCCACAGACGUCGCCCAGACUAUGUCUCUCCCACUCACUAUUCCAACGCAAAAUCUGGUCGCUCAUCCCUCGCAGAGACCUACUCUCGACGCGGCAGUGGUUUCGGUGAAGAGGGCUACCAUUCUUCCUCUCGAACUACACAGAAAACCUCCAGUGUAAUUGACUAUGGACACAGAUCAGGUACCUCCAAGCCCCCUCCUGCAUGGCAAUCAGCGCAAUCCCAGAACUACGGCACCUCUGGGUUCCCCUAUCAUGGUCCAGGUUCGCCCAGUUCCAGGCUUUGUCGACACCAGCCCAGGCGCCAGCAGUCCAAAGGAAUCGUUAGCCUCAUGUCAAUGUUGACGGAUGGCCAUAUCACUGGCGAACUCACUGCGGCUGUUUGA